AUGCCAGCCAGUCGGGGCAAUGAGCAGGGCAGGACAGAGGAAAGGAAGGGGAGGAGUGUUGGCUCUGAAAGCCGACUGACCCCGUUGUGACAUCACAUCACAACAACACACACAAGCAGACUGGCCCGUGGCCAUUCACUCUCUAGCUCACGGCGCUCAGAAAGAGGUCAAGCCCGUUUUAGCCACUCACGUGGCACGUGGGACUGUGAUGUCACAGCGCCAGGGUUCUGAAGCCGGAAGAGUGCCAGGGUUGUCCCUCUGCCCUGGAAAAUGGGUAAACUGCCAAGUCAACUGAUCCUGACUAAGUUAAGCUGGGGUGAACCAGUCAAACUUUUGUUAAUUUCUGCUCACUAAUGCACACACACACACACACACACACACACACACACACAAACACACACAGCUUUACACACACAAACACACACAACCUAACCCUUUAAGCCUAAAAUUGCAUUCUAACAAAUUCAGGACAUGGAAAAAGUCCUGACUUUAAAAAAUGUUUUAUCUUACCUUGUCAGGACAUUCUGGUCCUGAUAAUGUAGGAAAACAUGUACACACACACGCAGCAAUAAAACCAUUUCCUGUAUGCGCAGUUAUGGUUUUACAAUCUACAAAUGAUUAGAAGGAGAGGGUUAUGAAAGAGGCUGUGAAAUCAACAGUGGUAAGGAUGGAGACGUGUACAUAGGCUGCGUCUCAAGCUACACCAUAUUCCCUAAGUGCACUACUUUUGAACAGGACCAACUGUGGGCCGUUCUGGCUCAGACGAGGCAUACUUAUCCAAGGCUUGCUUGUUUACUUACUUACUUUUGACCAGGGCCCAUAGGUUGCCAUUUGGGACAUAACCAUAUUUUCCUCAGUUUCAACACGGUGUGAAUUUGUGCAAAAAAAUUAUUCAUGUCCACAACUCUAUGAUUUAUUGAAGACGCACAGACAGACAAUGGUUGCAUCCCAAAUUGGACCCUAUUCCCUAUUUAGUGCACUACUUUUGGUCAAAAGUAAUGCACUACAUAUGGAAUAGGGUGAUCUUUGUCGGGUAAUUUAUUAGUUUUGUUUCCGUCUAGCACCUGACUACUGGAUGUGCGUAUUUCUCCUCCCCACUGAAUAAGUCAUCUUAUCUCCCAGCUUGAGGAGUUAUUACUUAUUAAGCGAAACAUUGUUAAGUCUGGAAGCAUCGUUCAGAGUGCAUCUGCUCUGUUGGAAGAACACAUUCUAAUCCAAAUGGCAUCCUAGUCCUUUUAUAGUGCACUACUUUUGACCAGGACCCAUAGAGCUCUGGUCAAAAGGAGUGCACUAUAUAGGUAAUGGGGUGCCAUUUGGGAUGCAUUCCAAGUCUUAGUGAGAUCUAAAGAAAGAACGAAGACCGACAGCACCCAGAAUAAAACAACCUCACUGUCUGCUGUCUACGUCAGAUUCAGGGAACGCUCCAGCGCUUCUGAGAUGCUUCUAGUAAACAUCAGCGAGAGAGGAAGGGAAGGAGAGAGAGGGAGAGAAAGAGGGAGGAAUGGAGAGAGAGAGGAAGGGAGAGAGGAUGACUUGUUUUCUGCCCUGUUUUCGUAUUGGACUGGCUCUAACUGGAUUAUAUGUGCCUGUUCAGUGUGUGUGUGAGAAAGAGAGAGCAUGUGUGUGCGCGCGCAUGUGUGUGUGUGUGUGUGUGUGUGCGCGCGCACGUUUGUGUGUGUGAGAGAGAGUGUGUGUGUGUGUGGUUAUAAGGUCACACGCUGGGUAACGAGAUGAGCUGGUUCUGUGUGUUGGGACGUAAGUCGUGACGUCUCUCAGCCCAAACACUGACACACACACACACACUGACACACACAGACCGUUUAGGAUGGACACAGUGGCCCAGGAUCAGACAAGGGAUUGCCUGUUUGUGUCAGUAAACUUUGACGGUUGGUCUUAUCUCUUAGAGAUACAUCAACUCUUCUCUCUCCACAGGUAGUGACAGACAGUGUACCUGUCCCAAAUGUAACCGUUUCCCCUAUAUAGUGCACUUCUUUUGACCAGAGCUUUAUGGGCCCUGGUCAAAAGUAGUGCACUAUAGGAAUAGGGUGCCAUUUGGGGCACACACUUGUUUUCUUAUCCUAAAUUGACCCUCUCUGUAUCCCUCUGAGUGUUUUAGCAGUGAUGACCUAAUGACAUCAUAUUAUGGGAGAACCAGACCUGGAGCUUGGCCUCACCAGGCGAGGGUUGUGUUCAUUAAGCAGAAAACGGAAGAAGGGAAGUUUCCCCAGGUACAGAUCUAGUAUCAGCUUCCCCUCCCCCAAUCCUAACCUUAACCAUUAGUGGAGAAAAUGCCAAACUGACACAAGAUCAGCGUUUAGGCGCACGUUCACCCUCCACCUAAUGUAACAUUCUUGGUAGUUUUUUUAAAUAUAGAUUUUUUAAUCAUUUAGCAGAUGUUAUUAUCUAGAGCGACUUACAGGAGCAAUUAUGGUUAAGUGCCUUGCUCAAGGGCACAUCGACAGAUCUUUUCACCCUGUCGGUUUGGAUAUUCGAACCAGCGACCUUUCCGUUACUGGCCCAACGCUCUAACCGCUAGCCUACCUGCCGCCCUGCAGUUGUCGUGUUGUGGCUUGAAUGUCCUGACAAGAUGUAUCACAGUCAUUUGUAUCUUGAAUAAAAGUUGAGAUAUUUCCCUCAACAACCUCCUGUGUGGUUUAUAAUGCAGUAAUGCCUCCAGGAAAGAUUGAAGAAGCAGACUUGAAGGGGUGUGUGCUUGCGCGCGCUCAUGUGUGCGUGGUGAGUUAUGAUUGAAUAUACUGUAUAUGCUGUGCGUGGCUCAGCAUGGACGGAGAGCCUAAUAAUAUCUGACAGGUGUUAUUGUUUUGGAAAAUAAAAACACGGACGUGAAAGUUUUCAGCACUCUCUUAAGUUACAUAUGUGCCUUUACAGUGAGGGAAAAAAGUAGUUGAUCCCCUGCUGAUUUUGUACGUUUGCCCACUGACAAAGACAUGAUCAGUCUAUAAUUUUAAUGGUAGGUUUAUUUGAACAGUGAGAGACAGAAUAACAACAAGAAAAUCCAGAAAAACGCAUGUCAAAAAUGUUAUAAAUUGAUUUGCAUUUUAAUGAGGGAAAUAAGUAUUUGACCCCUCUGCAAAACAUGACUUAGUACUUGGUGGCAAAACCCUUGUUGGCAAUCACAGAGGUCAGACGUUUCUUGUAGUUGGCCACCAGGUUUGCACACAUCUCAGGAGGGAUUUUGUUCCACUCCUCUUUGCAGAUCUUCUCCAAGUCAUUAAGGUUUCGAGGAUGACGCUUGGCAACUCGAACCUUCAGCUCCCUCCACAGAUUUUCUAUGGGAUUAAGGUCUGGAGACUGGCUAGGCCACUCCAAGACCUUAAUGUGCUUCUUCUUGAGCCACUCCUUUGUUGCCUUGGCCGUGUGUUUUGGGUCAUUGUCAUGCUGGAAUACCCAUCCAUGACCCAUUUUCAAUGCCCUGGCUGAGGGAAGAAGGUUCUUACCCAAGAUUUGACGGUACAUGGCCCCGUCCAUCGUCCCUUUGAUGCGGUGAAGUUGUCCUGUCCCCUUAGCAGAAAAACACCCCCAAAGCAUAAUGUUUCCACCUCCAUGUUUGACGGUGGGGAUGGUGUUCUUGGGGUCAUAGGCAGCUUUCCUCCUCUUCCAAACACGGCGAGUUGAGUUGAUGCCAAAGAGCUCGAUUUUGGUCUCAUCUGACCACAACACUUUCACCCAGUUCUCCUCUGAAUCAUUCAGAUGUUCAUUGGCAAACUUCAGACGGCCCUUUAUAUGUGCUUUCUUGAGCAGGGGGACCUUGCGGGUGCUGCAGGAUUUCAGUCCUUCACGGCGUAGUGUGUUACCAAUUGUUUUCUUGGUGACUAUGGUCCCAGCUGCCUUGAAAUCAUUGACAAGAUCCACCCGUGUAGUUCUGGGCUGAUUCCUUACCGUUCUCAUGAUCAUUGCAACUCCACGAGGUGAGAUCUUGCAUGGAGCCCCAGGCCGAGGGAGAUUGACAGUUCUUUUGUGUUUCUUCCAUUUGCGAAUAAUCGCACCAACUGUUGUCACCUUCUCACCAAGCUGCUUGGCCAUGGUCUUGUAGCCCAUUCCAACCUUGUAUAGGUCUACAAUCUUGUCCCUGACGUCCUUGGAGAGCUCUUUGGUCUUGGCCAUGGUGGAGAGUUUGGAAUCUGAUUGAUUGAUUGCUUCUGUGGACAGGUGUCGUUUAUACAGGUAACAAACUGAGAUUAGGAGCACUCCCUUUAAGAGUGUGCUCCUAAUCUCAGCUCAUUAUCUGUAUAAAAGACACCUGGGAGCCAGAAAUCUUUCUGAUUGAGAGGGGGUCAAAUACUUAUUUCCCUCAUUAAAAUGCAAAUCAAUUUAUAACAUUUUUGACAUGCGUUUUUUUUGAUUUUGUUGUUAUUCUGUCUUUCACUGUUCAAAUAAACCUACCAUUAAAAUUAUAGACUGAUAAUUUCUUUGUCAGUGGGCAAACGUACAAAAUCAGCAGGGGAUCAAAUACUUUUUUCCCUCACUCUACAGUGGGGAAAAAAAGUAUUUAGUCAGCCACCAAUUGUGCAAGUUCUCCCACUUAAAAAGAUGAGAGAGGCCUGUAAUUUUCAUCAUAGGUGCACGUCAACUAUGACAGACAAAUUGAGAAAAAAAAUCCAGAAAAUCACAUUGUAGGAUUUUUAAUGAAUUUAUUUGCAAAUGAUGGUGGAAAAUAAGUAUUUGGUCACCUACAAACAAGCAAGAUUUCUGGCUCGCACAGACCUGUAACUUCUUCUUUAAGAGGCUCCUCUGUCCUCCACUCGUUACCUGUAUGAAUGGCACCUGUUUGAACUUGUUAUCAGUAUAAAAGACACCUGUCCACAACCUCAAACAGUCACACUCCAAACUCCACUAUGGCCAAGACCAAAGAGCUGUCAAAGGACACCAGAAACAAAAUUGUAGACCUGCACCAGGCUGGGAAGACUGAAUCUGCAAUAGGUAAGCAGCUUGGUUUGAAGAAAUCAACUGUGGGAGCAAUUAUUAGGAAAUGGAAGACAUACAAGACCACUGAUAAUCUCCCUCGAUCUGGGGCUCCACGCAAGAUCUCACCCCGUGGGGUCAAAAUUAUCACAAGAACGGUGAGCAAAAAUCCCAGAACCACACGGGGGGACCUAGUGAAUGACCUGCAGAGAGCUGGGACCAAAGUAACAAAGCCUACCAUCAGUAACACACUACGCCGCCAGGGACUCAAAUCCUGCAGUGCCAGACGUGUCCCCCUGCUUAAGCCAGUACAUGUCCAGGCCCGUCUGAAGUUUGCUAGAGUGCAUUUGGAUGAUCCAGAAGAGGAUUGGGAGAAUGUCAUAUGGUCAGAUGAAACUUUUUGGUAAAAACUCAACUCGUCGUGUUUGGAGGACAAAGACUGCUGAGUUGCAUCCAAAGAACACCAUACCUACUGUGAAGCAUGGGGGUGGAAACAUCAUGCUUUGGGGCUGUUUUUCAGCAAAGGGACCAGGACGACUGAUCCGUUUAAAGGAAAGAAUGAAUGGGGCCAUGUAUCGUGAGAUUUUGAGUGAAAACCUCCUUCCAUCAGCAAGGGCAUUGAAGAUGAAACGUGGCUGGGUCUUUCAGCAUGAAAAUGAUCCCAAACACACCGCCCGGGCAACGAAGGAGUGGCUUCGUAAGAAGCAUUUCAAGGUCCUGGAGUGGCCUAGCCAGUCUCCAGAUCUCAACCCCAUAGAAAAUCUUUGGAGGGAGUUGAAAGUCCGUGUUGCCCAGCGACAGCCCCAAAACAUCACUGCUCUAGAGGAGAUCUGCAUGGAGGAAUGGGCCAAAAUACCAGCAACAGUGUGUGGAAACCUUGUGAAGACUUACAGAAAACGUUUGACCUGUGUCAUUGCCAACAAAGGGUAUAUAACAAAGUAUUGAGAAACUUUUGUUAUUGACCAAAUACUUAUUUUCCACCAUAAUUUGCAAAUAAAUUCAUUAAAAAUCCUACAAUGUGAUUUUCUGGAUUUUUUUUCUCAUUUUGUCUGUCAGAGUUGACGUGUACCUAUGAUGAAAAUUACAGGCCUCUCUCAUCUUUUUAAGUGGGAGAACUUGCACAAUUGGUGGCUGACUAAAUACUUUUUUCCCCCACUGUAUGUGUAGUACUCUGUUUAGUUUGUUCUGGCUCUCGUACGAAGUAAGUAAUACAGCACAUUUGCAAUGCAUAGGUUGUCCUGCUUGUACUCCCUCAGGGAGGCCAACUUUAUUUGUGUGGCUGCAUGUGAGUAUUUCCAUCUCCUCACUUUUCUCUGAUGAAUCCCCUUUCCGAUUGUUUGGGGCAUCCGGAAAAAAGCUUGUCCGGAGAAGACAAGGUGAUCGCUACCAUCAGUCCUGUGUCAUGCCAACAGUAAAGCAUCCUGAGACCAUUCAUGUGUGGGGUUGCUUCUCAGCCAAGGGAGUGGGCUCACUCACAAUUUUGCCUAAGAACACAUCCAUGAAUAAAGAAUGGUACCAACACAUCCAACUUCUCCCAACCAUCCAAUAACAAUUUGGUGACGAACAAUGCCUUUUCCAGCAUGAUGGAGCACCUUGCCAUAAGGCAAAAGUGAUAACUAAGUGGCUCGGGGAACAAAACAUCGACAUUUUGGGUCCAUGGCCAGGAAACUCCCCAGACCUUAAUCCCAUUGAGAACUUAUGGUCAAUCCUCAAAAGGCGGGUGGACAAUCAAAAACCCACAAAUUCUGACAAACUCCAAGCAUUGAUUAUGCAAGAAUGGGCUGCCAUCAGUCAGGGUGUGGCCCAGAAGUUAAUUGACAGCAUGCCAGGGCGGAUUGCAGAGGUCUUGAAAAAGAAGGGUCAACACUGCAAAUAUUGACUCUUUGCAUAAACUUAAUGUAAUUGUCAAUAAAAGCCUUUGACACUUAUGGAAUGCUUGUAAUUAUACUUCAGUAUACCAUAGUAACAUCUGACAAAAAUAUCUCAUAACACUGAAGCAGCAAACUUUGUGAAGACCAAUACUUGUGUCAUUCUCGACUGUACACAUCUUUGUAAGGUUACAAAAUUCCACUAACUUUUUUCCAGUUUUUCCAGAAAUCCAGGAUGGAGGAUUCCAGAAUGUCUGCUUAUUUACGCCUGAUUCCAGGAAUCUUCCAAGUGGGAUUUCUGGAAAACCUGGGAAUAUUUGGACAUUUCCCAGAGUUUUGGGAACCCGAUAUCUGAGUCUCUGUGUUCUUCUCAUCCUCCAGGUUUGCCAAGAUUGAGAUCAGUGCCUCCAAGCCGAUCAUCCCAUUCAGAGAGACCGUGAUCAGACCACCCAAAGUGGACAUGGUCAAUGAAGACCUGGGGAAACAACAGAAGGUGGGUGUGUGUGUGUAUCUUUUAACAGAUCUGUUGACAUCUCAAACGACACCCCACAUACUAGUAGUGUACUACAAUUGAAGAGGCAGCAGCAAUCUAUGUGCACUAUUACAUUUACAUUUUAGACAUUUAGCAGACGCUCUUAUCCAGAGCGACUUACAACUAUCUAACCCUACUCUCCUGUGUGUGUGUGUUCUCGUGUGUGUGUUCUCGUGUGUGUUGUGUGUGUGUGUGUGUGCGCGUAGGUGGCUGUGCUCCACCAGGUGAAAGAGUCAGACACCCUGCACCUGGACCCCAGUGGCCUGGUCACCCUCACCACCCCCAACAGACAGGCCACCGUGGGGGUACGGGCCAUACCACUACCCGAAGGUGAAAGAGAGUUGGGUGGUUGAGUUUGUGAGGGUGUGUGUGGGUUUGUCAGUGUGUGUUGAUGUUUGUUGUUGUCAGACUUUCUUCUUAAGUCUAUAGUUAAGGGGAAAAAAUGGCAGUUAAGAAGACAUUUCUUCUUAAGAAGGUUUUGUGAAUCUGGGCCCUGAUCCUGAUCAUAAAGUGUCCUGUUUUGUGUAGAGGUGACUCUUCUACUGGAGGAUAGUGCUGACUUGAUCCGGACCCUGGAGCAGGCAGGUCAGGCCCAGAGGGAGGGGAGGACCCUGGACAUGAGUACCCGGACCCUGGAUGCCCUGAUGGGGAUGAAGAGCAGGCUGGAGGCCCUGCUGCAGGGGAGGAAGUGGAGGAACGCAGUGGACCGGAUAUGGGCCUUCGGACCACGCAGGUAUUUCAUAUGGGUUGAGACGGGAUGGUAUGCAGGUAUUUCAGGGUGUUUCAUAUGGGUUGGGAUGGUAUGCAGGUACAUUACAUGAGCAAAAGUAUGUGGACACCUGCUUGUCGAACAUCUCAUUCCAAAAUCAUGGUCAUUAAUAUGGAGUUGGUCCCCCCUUUGCUGCUAUAACAGCCUCCACUCUUUUGGGAAGGCUUUCCACUAGAUGUUGGAACAGUGCUGUGGGGACUUGCGUCCAUUCAGCCACGAGCAUUAGUGAGGUUGGGCGAUUAGGCCUGGCUCGCAGUCGGCGUUCCAAUUCAUCCCAAAGGUGUUCGAUGGGGUUGAGGUCAGGCUCUGUGCAAGCCAGUCAAGUUCUUCCACACCGAUCUAGACAAACCAUUUCUGUAUGGACCUUGCUUUCUGCACGGGGGCAUUGUCAUGCUGAAACAGGAAAGGGCCUUCCCCUAACUGUUGCCACAAAGUUGGAAGCACAGAAUCGUCUAGAAUGUCAUUGUAUGCCGUAGCGUUAAGAUUUCCCUUCACUGGAACUAAGGGGCCUAGCCUGAACCAUAAAAAACAGCCCCAGACCAUUAUUCCUCCUCCACCAAACUUUACAGUUGGCACUAUGCAUUGGGGAAGGUAGCGUUCUCCUGGCAUCCGCCAAACCCAGAUUCGUCCGUCGGACUGCCAGAUGGUAAAGCGUGAUUCAUCACUCCAGAGAACGCGUUUCCACUGCUCCAGAGUCCAAUGGCGGCGAGCUUUACACCACUCCAGCCGACGCUUGGCAUUGUGCAUGGUGAUCUUAGGCUUGUGUACGGCUGCUCGGCCAUGGAAACCCAUUUCAUGUAGCUCCCGACUAAAGUUAUUGUGCUGACGUUGCUUCCAGAGGCAGUUUGGAACUCAGUAGUGAGUGUUGUAACCGAGGACAGACCAUUUUUUUCAGCACUCGCCGGUCCGGUUCUGUGAGCUUGUGUGGCCUACCGCUUUGCUGCUGAGCCAUUGUUGCUCCUAGACGUUUCCACCUCACAAUAACAGCACUUACAGUUGACUGGGGCAGCUCUAGCAGGGCAGAAAUGUGAAGAAACUGACUUGUUGGAAAGGUGGCAUCCUAUGACAGUGCCAUGUUGAAAUUCACUGAGCUCUUCAGUAAGGCCAUUCUACUGCCAAUGUUUGUCUGUGGAGAUUGCAUGGCUGUGUGCUCGGUUUAUACACCUGUGAGCAACGGGUGUGGCUGAAAUAGUGGAAUCCAUUAAUGUAAAGGGGUGUCCACAUACUUUUGUUUAUAUCAUGUAUUUCAGGGUAUUUCAUGUGGGUUGGGAUGGGAUGGUAUGCAGGUAUUUCAGGAUAUUUCAUAUGGGAUGACAUUUUGUGUUAUUUUAUAUGAGAUGAAAUGGUUUGCUAUGCAGGUAUUUCAUGGUAAUUAAUACGGCCUUGUUGUUCUUAUUAGGUAUGGACCAAACAUCCUACUGAACAGCGUAGAGGGGUACCAGAGACCGUCCGUGUGGCACUGCCUCGAACGAGAGAAGGGAGAGAAUGAGGGAGGGGAGAAAGCUGAGGCUGGCUCCAUCCGAGACUUUGACAACAGCGUUGUCAGCGGUUUCCAGCUCGCCACCCUCUCUGGUCCCAUGUGCGAGGAGCCCCUCAUGGGCGUCUGCUUCUCCGUGGAGAGAUGGGACAUUAACUUCCCCACCCAGGGGACCCACCUGGAGUCUGUGACUGAAGAAGACGCCAACUCCCAUGAUGCAUCAGCGUCCAUUUCCGAAAGCCCCGGUGAGGCUGGAGGUCAGCAGGAGGCCUCAGGCAAGGCAGGGGUAGUGGGUGAGACGCCUCCCCAGGCAGAGGGUGCCGUGGCUGGGGCGAGCCAGGGGAGACGCAGGGCGGAGGUUGGGGCCGGGCUAGUGGACUGCUACGGGCCGUUCUCUGGCCAGCUCAUAGCUGCUGUGAAGGAGGCUUGUCGACACGCGUUCCAGGCCAAACCUCAGAGACUCAUGGCUGCUAUGUAUACCUGUGAGAUAAUGGCUACAGCAGAGGUGUUAGGUAAGAGGCUUAGCAGUACACACACGAUAGAACACACAGACACACACACACGAUACGACACACACACACAAAAUAGAACACACACACAGACACGCACACACGAUAGAACACACAGACACACACACGCGAUAGAACAUACAAACACACGGCAGAACACACAGACACACACACAUGAUAGAACACACAGACUCACACGAUAGAACACACACUGGGCAAAACACAAACUAACCACUGAUGUCUUAGGUAAAUAGCUAAAACACAACACACACAAACCCCUUCAAGUCUGCUUCUUCAAUCUUUCCUGGAGGCAUUACUGCAUUAUAAACCACACAGGAGGUUGAGGGAAUUAUAUAAACUUUUAUUCAAGAUACAAAUGACUGUGAUACAUCUUGUCAGGACAUUAAAGCCACGACAUGACAACUAAACUACCAAGAAUGUAACACCAGGUGGAGGGUGAAGUUGCUGCACAAAACUCACAUUCUAGUGUGAUAGGAGUCCAUUGGACUAGUAAUAUUAUACAGUGGGGGAAAAAAGUAUUUAGACAGCCACCAAUUGUGCAAGUUCUCCCACUUAAAAAGAUGAGAGAGGCCUGUAAUUUUCAUCAUAGGUACACGUCAACUAUGACAGACAAAAUGAGAAGAAAAGAAAUCCAGAAAAUCAGGUCUACAAUUUUGUUUCUGGUGUCCUUUGACAGCUCUUUGGUCUUGGCCAUAGUGGAGUUUGGAGUGUGACUGUUUGAGGUUGUGGACAGGUGUCUUUUAUACUGAUAACAAGUUCAAACAGGUGCCAUUAAUACAGGUAACGAGUGGAGGACAGAGGAGCCUCUUAAAGAAGUUGUUACAGGUCUGUGAGAGCCAGAAAUAUUGCUUGUUUGUAGGUGACCAAAUACUUAUUUCCACCAUAAUUUGCAAAUAAAUUCAUUAAAAAUCCUACAAUGUGAUUUUCUGGAAAAAAAAUCUCAAUUUGUCUGUCAUAGUUGACGUGUACCUAUGAUGAAAAUUACAGGCCUCUCUCAUCUUUUUAAGUGGGGGAACUUGCACAAUUGGUGGCUGAUUAAAUACUUUUUUCCCCCACUGUAUAUUAUCCCAUCCCAAAUCUCUUAACUCAUCCACUAAAAUGUAGAGAAAACAUUCAUGAUGAUACAGUAUUGGUUGAUAUUUAUUAACAGAAAAUAUUGCCUGGUAACCACCCCCAUUAUUACUAUCCAUGCUCGAGAAAUAUUCUAACAUUUGUCUUUGGAGUGUAGUGUAAAUGAUCACCAACUCUUGUUUUCUAAGGGUGCGUCCCAAAUGUCACCCAUUUCCCUGUAUAGUGCACUACUUUUGGUCAUCAUUAAGAUUAAAAUGAGCCUUGCCCAACUUAUGUUAGGGAUAAUCAAUAAACCGAUAAUAAACCAUAUCUGAACAGCAUGUUUAGCAGUCACAUCCAUGUCCAGAAAAAGUGCUCAGCCAGCCAAAUCACCAGAAUGAAGUGUGUUAUUAUGAGCCCAUUUCAGAAACAAUAUUUAUUUUUACUCACUUUUGCAAUGCUAGCAUCCCUUUAAAUGGGUCGUUUGUCAAGCUCUUCUAAUAGCUUGUUGUGAAUACCAAUGCUCUCCGCUCUAUAUACCCCCACUAGGAAAACGUAGUUUCAUUAGUAUCGAUGAAUGUGAUCCAUAUUUUAAUUACAUGAUGUAUAUUAAAAUAGAUGUUUACUUCACUACAAGGUCUUAUACCAUUUAGUGGAGAAAUAGACUUGAUCAUUACUUUCAUUACAUCGUGUGCAUUUUUUAGAUGUAAUCAAUAGUUUGAUUAGAUCAUGCAUAUAAAUACAUCAAUAGUUCGAUUAGAUUGACCACAUCGUUUCAUACAAACAAUCAUCUGAUUAGACUGUGUAUAGCCAGCCACACUGUUCACAUGGACAGAGUACACAUGUUAAGCCACUUCUACUAAUUGUCCUGUUUGUGUGCCUCUGUAUGUGCAAAUCUGUGUGUGUGUGUGUGUGUGUGUGUGUGUGUGUGUGUGUGUGUGUGUGUGUGUGUGUGUGUGUGUGUGUGUGUGUGUGUGUGUGUGUGUGUGUGUCCAGGUCGUGUGUACGGGGUCCUGGGGAAGAGAGAGGGCCGUGUGUUACAGGAGGAGAUGAAGGAGGGGACGGAGAUGUUCAUCAUCAAGGCGGUCCUUCCUGUGGCCGAGAGCUUCGGAUUCGCAGACGAGAUACGCAAGAGGACCAGUGGAUUGGCUAGUCCACAACUGGUCUUCAGCCACUGGGAGGUGAGGCUCACACACAUACACCCAGUCAUGUGCUUCCUUGUGCAGACACAUACGCUCACUCACUUACUCACACACACACACACACACACACACACACACACACACACACACACACACACACACACACACACACACACACACACACACACACACACAACACACACACAUACAAAUGCACACACAAACACAUGCCAGGCUCACUCCAUGCCAUCUGGCCAGGUCUUUUUUUUUGGGGGGGGGGGGGGGUUGUGAGCUGCAACUCAUCAGUCUGAAAAUAGGUGCUUUUAUUUUUAGCUCUUAAUAAUUGAAUGGCUUCAUAAAUAAAGGAAUAAAGGAAAUCACAAUGCUGAAAUAGGAUCAGUGUUUAUUUCACCCUUGUCUCUCUAGAACUCAGUAUGGGGUGAAUCCUAACUAGUCUCCCAUUGACAUCAAUACAUGACUUCUCUGACAAUCUCUGGCUCAUCCUUAUUAUACCCCUUUCAUAUACUGACAAAAAUCUUCUGUAUACCUUCUUGUUUAUAUCUGAAAGGGGUAAGGGGUAAAAAAAAAACAUGGUAUAUUAAAACCCACAUCAAAACCUGGUCAUGAAACCAGACCCUGUAACUAAAAAACAGAUAUCGGAUCUGUGAAAAUGGAUCUCUGUUUGUAGGCAGGUCAAUUCAUUAGACCUUUUCUGAACUUGUGGACCGUCGACACUGAAACCUCAAACAACUGUCUUUUCUAUGUCUGCAUCCAAAAUAGCACCCUAUUUCCUAUAUAGAGUACUAGUUUUGACUCGGGCACCCUAUUUCCUAUAUAGAGCACUAGUUUUGACUCGGGCACCCUAUUUCCUAUAUAGAGCACUAGUUUUGACUCGGGCACCCUAUUUCCUAUAUAGAGCACUAGUUUUGACUCGGGCACCCUAUUUCCUAUAUAGAGCACUAGUUUUGACUCGGGCACCCUAUUUCCUAUAUAGAGCACUAGUUUUGACUCGGGCACCCUAUUUCCUAUAUAGAGCACUAGUUUUGACUCGGGCACCCUAUUUCCUAUAUAGAGCACUAGUUUUGACUCGGGCACCCUAUUUCCUAUAUAGAGCACUAGUUUUGACUCGGGCACCCUAUUUCCUAUAUAGAGUACUAGUUUUGACUCGGGCACCCUAUUUCCUAUAUAGAGCACUAGUUUUGACUCGGGCACCCUAUUUCCUAUAUAGAGCACUAGUUUUGACUCGGGCACCCUAUUUCCUAUAUAGAGCACUAGUUUUGACUCGGGCACCCUAUUUCCUAUAUAGAGCACUAGUUUUGACUCGGGCACCCUAUUUCCUAUAUAGAGCACUAGUUUUGACUCGGGCACCCUAUUUCCUAUAUAGAGCACUAGUUUUGACUCGGGCACCCUAUUUCCUAUAUAGAGCACUAGUUUUGACUCGGGCACCCUAUUUCCUAUAUAGAGCACUAGUUUUGACUCGGGCACCCUAUUUCCUAUAUAGAGUACUAGUUUUGACCCGAGUACCCUAUUCCCAAUAUAGUACACUACUUUUGACUCGGUAACCCUAUUCCCUAAUCCCUAUAUAGAGCACUACUUUCGACCAGAGCCCUUGCUAAAAGUACUGCACUAUAUAGGAAAUGGGGUUAAAUUUGGGAGGCCUGACUCUGAGGUGCCCUUACAAUAAAUGACUGAACUGGCAUGGAUGUUUUUAGCACCCAUGUUAAUAUUUUUAUGCAAAUAUCUGUGUCUUCAGUUAUGUGUGAGCUCUUUGGCCACACACACCAGUGGUGUGUUUGACGUCGUAAUGAGAAUGCAUUAGCUGAAAAGAACCCCAUACCUACUGUACAAACUGGUGGUGGAUCUAAGAUGUUAUGGGGCUAUUCUGCUUCUACUAGUCCUGGGGCACUUGUUAAGGUCAACGGCGUCAUGAACUUUACCCAGUACCAGGACAUUUUGGCCCAAAAUCUGGUUGCCUCUGCCAGGAGGCUGAAACUUGGCCGCAAGUGAAUCUUCCAGUAAGACAAUAACCCCAAGCACACAUCAAAAUCAACAUUUUGCAAUGGCCAUCAGUCUCCGGACUUGAAACCCAUUGAAAACCAGUGGUUUGAAUUGAAGAGGGCAGUCCAUAAGCGCAGACAAUGGUUAUGAAGGAUCUGGAAGGAUUCUGUAUGAAGGAAUGGUCUUAGAUCCCUCCCAAUGUAUUCUCUAACUCAUAAAACAUUUUAGAAAAAGGCUCAGUGCCAUUAUCCUCACAAGGUGAGGUUUUGAAAACAGGGUCUCUUUAUCUGAGCAGUUGUAUUAGUAUAAAAUAAUAUAAUUUCCCAAUUAUAUGUUUGCAGAAAAAAGCCAAGGGAUGGGUUUCUCAAUACCUUCAAAAAUAUUUAUUUGAAGUUUUUCAAUACAUUUUAAUAUUUAUAGCUACUUUGUAAGUUAUUACCUGCAGUCAACUUGUUCAAUACGUUAGGAGAUAAAGCAGAUUGCGUUCUUCAUUUCACCUGUCACAUUAUUUUACAUGAUGAAGGUUAGCAUAGUUCCCAGAACAGUUGAGCCAGUCACGUGUUCAUUGUAAAGAGCACAACAAGAGAAAGUGGAGCUGGUGAGUCCAUAGCGUUCUAUCGACAAGUCUCUGUUGUACGGCGCACGAGGUGAUGAAGUUACACAUGUAUGCAAUCCCUACUAAAUGUUUGACAUCAGAUAUCUUAUAAAUGCUUUCUGCUGUGUUUUAAAAGUCAAAAAGCUCGGUUAUCUGUACAGCUGCCAUUGUUUCCUACUAGCAUUUCUUCCUCCUCCAUUCUUCUCCACUCUGCUCCGUGUACACAUUUUGUUCGUUUUCACAAUUUCUCUUGUUCACUUACGCUUGUAAAUGUCCACAUUCAUCGAAAAUGACAUUCGGUAACUAGCUAUGCAUGUUUAACUUUAUGAGCUGGAUUUGCCUAUAUUUGCAAUUAGUUUGUUCGUUUUCGCUCGUUAGCAUUUAGCUAACAGAGUAUAUGUGAUUUCGCUAUUACUUGUGCUAAGUUUGUUAGCAUUCCGGUAAUAGAAGCCCAAUGGGCUUUUUCUUCUCUUUGUGCCCCCUUGUGUGCUAUGCCGGUAAUACCGUAAAUCCCAGGAUGGCAGAAGAACAGUAUGACAUUUUGAAAAUCUGGAUACCUCCCAAGCCUAAUACAAUGUACUGUGUAGCUCAGUAUUUUUAUAAUUUGUUUUAUACAGUCAUGUUUGCUCAUCUUUAUCAAGGGGGGGCAAUAAUUUCAGACCCCUUCGGAAAGUAUUCAGACCCCUUGACUUUUUCCACAUUUUGUUACUUUACAGCCUUAUUCUAAAAUGGAUUACAUACAAAUAUUUUCUCAGCAAUCUACACACAAUACCUCAUAAUAACAAAGUGAAAACUGCUUUUUAGACAUUUUUGCAAAUGUAUUAAAAUAAACAAAAAACAGAAACAGGGGGAAUUUAAUUCAUUUUAGAAUAAGGCUGUAACCUAACAAAAUGUGGAAAAAGUCAAGGGGUCUGAAUACUUUCCGAAGGAACUGUAUGUGAUGUGUAUUAUGUGCUUCUUCUUUUGUGUGUGUGUGUGUGUGUGUGUGUGUGUGUGUGUGUGUGUGUGUGUGUGUGUGCGCGCGCGCGCGCGUCUGCCUGCCCGCCUGCCUGUCUGUCUGGGGGUUUAAGUGGUUAUUGUUCCAGGUCAGCUAAUUUAAUUGGCCGAGAGCGCUGGCCGUUGUUAAUGAGCGUGUGCAGCCCGGUGACACACACACACACAGGCCUAGUGGACAGCUUUACGGUCUGACCUGAUGUCACACUGCAUGAAUCGCCAAGCAGAAGAAACACCACACACACAGGCCUAGUGGACAGCUUUACGGUCUGACCUGAUGUCACACUGCAUGAAUCGCCAAACAGAAGAGACACUACUUUUAUUAUGUAUUCUAUAAUAUAUAUACAGUACCAGUCAAAAGUUUGGACACACCUCAAGGGUUUUUCUUUAAUUUUACUAUUUUCUACAUUGUAGAAUAAUAGUGAAGACAUCAAAACUAUGAAAUAACACAUAUGGAAUCAUGUAGUAACCAAAAAAGUGUUCAACAAAUCAAAAUAUAUUUUAGAUUCUUCAAAGUAGCCACCCUUUGCCUUGAUGCCAGCUUUGCAUUCUCUCAACAAGCUUCAUGAGGUAGUCACCUGGAAUGCUUUUCCAACAGUCUUGAAGGAGUUCCUACAUAUGCUGAGCACUUGUUGGCUGCUUUUCCUUCACUCUGCGGUCCAACUCAUCCCAAACCAUCUCAAUUGGGUUGAGGUCGGGGGAUUGUGGAGGCCAGGUCAUCUGAUGCAGCACUCCAUCACUCUCCUUCUAGUUCAAAUAGCCCUUACACAGCCUGAAGGUGUGUUUUGUGUCAUUGUCCUGUUGAAAAACAAAUGAUAGUCCCAUUAAGUGCAAACCAGAUGGGAUGGUGUAUCGCUGCAGAAUGCUGUGGUAGCCAUGCUGGUUAAGUGUGCCUUGAAUUCUGAAUAAAACACUGACAGUGUCACCAGCAAAGCACCAUCACACCUCCUCCUCCAUGCUUCACGGUGGGAACCACACAUGCGGAGAUCAUCCGUUCACCUACUCUGCGUCUCACAAAGACACGGCGGUUGGAACCAAGAAUCUCAAAUUUGGACUCAUCAGACCACAUGACAGAUUUCCACCGGUCUAAUGUCGAUUGCUCGUGUUUUUGGCCCAAGCAAGUCUCUUCUUCUUAUUGGUGUGCUUUAGUAGUGGUUUCUUUGCAGCAAUUCGACCAUGAAGGCCUGAUUCACACAGUCUCCUCUGAACAGUUGAUGUUGAGAUGUGUCUGUUACUUGAACUCUGUGAGGUGCAAUCUGAGGUGCAGUUAAUUGCCCAUUUCUGAGGCUGAUAACUCUAAUGAACUUAUCCUCUGCAGCACAGGUAACUCUGGGUCUUCCUUUCCUGUGGCGGUCCUCAUGAGAGCCAGUUUCAUCAUAGCGCUUGAUGGUUUUUGGGACUGCACUUGAAGAAACGUUCAAAGUUCUUGAAAUUUUCCGGAUUGACUGACCUUCAUGUCUUAAGUCGCUCUGGAUAAGAGCGUCUGCUAAAUGACUAAAAUGUAAAUGUAAAUGUUAAAUUAAUGAUGGACUGUCAUUUCUCUUUGCUUAUGUGAGCUGUUCUUGCCAUAAUAUGGACUUGGUCUUUUACCAAAUAGGGCUAUCUUCUGUAUACCUUGUCACAACACAACUGAUUGGCUCAAACGCAUUAAGAAGGAAAGAAAUUCCACAAAUUAACUUUUAAUAAGGCACACCUGUUAAUUGAAAUACAUUCCAGGUGACUACCUCAUGAAGUUGGUUGAGAGAAUGCCAUCAAGGAAAAGGGUGGCUACUUUGAAGAAUCUAAAAUCUAAAAUAUAUUUCUAUUUGUUUAACACUUUUUUGGUUACUUCAUGAUUCCAUAUGUGUUAUUUCAUCAUUUUGAUGCCUUGGGUAUUGUUCUACAAUGUAGAAAAUAGUAAAAAUAAAGAAAAACCCUGGAAUGAGUAGGUGUGUCCAAACUUUUGGCUGGUACUGUAUAUGUAUGUAUGUAUGUAUGUAUGUAUGUAUGUAUGUAUGUAUGUAUGUAUGUGCAGUGGGGAGAACAAGUAUUUGAUACACUGCCGAUUUUGCAAGUUUUCCUACUUACAAAGCAUGUAGAGGUCUGUAAUUUUUUAUCAUAGGUACACUUCAACUGUGAGAGACGGAAUCUAAAACAAAAAUCCAGAAAAUCACAUUGUAUGAUUUUUAAGUAAUUAAUUUGCAUUUUAUUGCAUGACAUAAGUAUUUGAUACAUCAGAAAAGCAGAACUUAAUAUUUGGUACAGAAACCUUUGUUUGCAAUUACAGAGAUCAUACGUUUCCUGUAGGUCUUGACCAGGUUUGCACACACUGCAGCAGGGAUUUUGGCCCACUCCUCCAUACAGACCUUCUCCAGAUCCUUCAGGUUUCGGGGCUGUCACUGGGCAAUACAGACUUUCAGCUUCCUCCAAAGAUUUUCUAUUGGGUUCAGGUCUGGAGACUGGCUAGGCCACUCCAGGACCUGGAGAUGCUUCUUACGGAGCAACUGCUUAGUUGCCCUGGCUGUGUGUUUCGGGUCGUUGUCAUGCUGGAAGACCCAGCCACGACCCAUCUUCAAUGCUCUUACUGAGGGAAGGAGGUUGUUGGCCAAGAUCUCGCGAUACAUGGCCCCAUCCAUCCUCCCCUCAAUACGGUGCAGUCGUCCUGUCCCCUUUGCAGAAAAGCAUCCCCAAAGAAUGAUGUUUCCACCUCCAUGCUUCACGGUUGGGAUGGUGUUCUUGGGGUUGUACUCAUCCUUCUUCUUCCUCCAAACACGGCGAGUGGAGUAUAGACCAAAAAGCUAUAUUUUUGUCUCAUCAGACCACAUGACUUUCUCCCAUUCCUCCUCUGGAUCAUCCAGAUGGUCAUUGGCAAACUUCAGACGGGCCUGGACAUGCGCUGGCUUGAGCAGGGGGACCUUGCGUGUGCUGCAGGAUUUUAAUCCAUGACGGCGUAGUGUGUUACUAAUGGUUUUCUUUGAGACUGUGGUCCCAGCUCUCUUCAGGUUAUUGACCAGGUCCUGCCGUGUAGUUCUGGGCUGAUCCCUCACCUUCCUCAUGAUCAUUGAUGCCCCACGAGGUGAGAUCUUGCAUGGAGCCCCAGACCGAGGGUGAUUGACCGUCAUCUUGAACUUCUUCCAUUUUCUAAUAAUUGCGCCAACAGUUGUUGCCUUCUCACCAAGCUGCUUGCCUAUUGUCCUGUAGCCCAUCCCAGCCUUGUGCAGGUCUACAAUUUUAUCCCUGAUGUCCUUACACAGCUCUCUGGUCUUGGCCAUUGUGGAGAGGUUGGAGUCUGUUUGAUUGAGUGUGUGGACAGGUGUCUUUUAUACAAGUAACGAGUUCAAACAGGUGCAGUUAAUACAGGUAAUGAGUGGAGAACAGGAGGGCUUCUUAAAGAAAAACUAACAGGUCUGUGAGAGCCGGAAUUCUUACUGGUUGGUAGGUGAUCAAAUACUUAUGUCAUGCAAUAAAAUGCAAAUUAAUUACUUAAAAAUCAUACAAUGUGAUUUUCUGGAUUUUUGUUUUAGAUUCAGUCUCUCACAGUUGAAGUGUACCUAUGAUAAAAAUGACAGACCUCUACAUGCUUUGUAAGUAGGAAAACCUGCAAAAUCGGCAGUGUAUCAAAUACUUGUUCUCCCCACUGUAUGUGUGUGUGUGUGUAUAUACAGUUGAAGUCGGAGGUUUACAUACACCUUAGCCAAAUACAUUUAAACUCAGUUUUUUACAAUUCUUGACAUUUCAUCCUAGUAAAAAUUGCCUGUCUUAGGUCAGUUAGGAUCAGCACUUUAUUUUAAGAAUGUGAAAUGUGAGAAUAAUAGUAGAGAGAAUUAUUUCUUUCAGCUUUUAUUUAUUUCAUCACAUUCCCAGUGGGUCAGAAGUUUACAUACACUCAAUUAGUAUUUGGUAGCAUUGCCUUUAAAUUGUUUAACUUGGGUCAAACGUUUCGGGUAGCCUUCCUUGGGGUCAUUGUCCAUUUGGAAGACCCAUUUGCGACCAAGCUUUAACUUCCUGACUGAUGUCUUGAGAUUUUGCUUCAAUAUAUCCACAUAAUUUUCCUUCCUCAUGAUGCCAUCUAUUUUGUGAAGUGCAGCAGUACCUCCUGCAGCAAAGCACCCUCAGAGCAUGAUGCUGCCACCCCCGUGCUUCACGGUUGGGAUGGUGUUCUUCGGCUUGCAAGCUACCCCCUUUUCCUCCAAACAUAACGAUGGUCAUUAUGGCCAAACAGUUCUAUUUUUGUUUCAUCCGUCCAGAGGACAUUUCUCCAAAAAGUAUGAUCUUUGUCCCCAUGUGCAGUUGCAAACCGUAGUCUGGCUUUUUUAUGGGGGUUUUGGAGCAGUAGCUUCUUCCUUGCUGAGCGGCCUUUCAGGUUAUGUCGAUAUAGGACUCAUUUUACUGUGGAUAUAGAUACUUUUGUACCUGUUUCCUCCAGCAUCUUCACAAGGUCCUUUGCUGUUGUUCUGGGAUUGAUUUGCACUUUUCGCACCAAAGUACGUUUAUCUCUAGGAGACAGAACGCGUCUCCUUCCUGAGCGGUAUGACGGCUGCAUGGUCCCAUGGUGUUUAUACACUGCUCCAAAAAAUGAAGGGAACACUAAAAUAACACAUCCUAGAUCUGAAUGAAUGAAAUAAUCUUAUUAAAUACUUUUUUCUUUACAUAGUUGAAUGUGCUGACAACAAAAUCACACAAAAAUUAUCAAUGGAAAUCAAAUUUGUCAACCCAUGGAGGUCUGGAUUUGGAGUCACACUCAAAAUUAAAGUGGAAAACCACACUACAGGCUGAUCCAACUUUGAUGUAAUGUCCUUAAAACAAGUCAAAAUGAGGCUCAGUAGUGUGUGUGGCCUCCACGUGCCUGUAUGACCUCCCUACAACGCCUGGGCAUGCUCCUGAUGAGGUGGCGGAUGGUCUCCUGUGGCAUCUCCUCCCAGACCUGGACUAAAGCAUCCGCCAACUCCUGGACUGUCUGUGGUGCAACGUGGCGUUGGUGGAUGGAGCGAGACAUGAUGUCUCAGAUGUGCUCAAUUGGAUUCAGGUCUGGGGAACGGGCGGGCCAGUCCAUAGCAUCAAUGCCUUCCUCUUGCAGGAACUGCUGACACACUCCAGCCACAUGAGGUCUAGCAUUGUCUUGCAUUAGGAGGAACCCAGGGCCAACCGCACCAGCAUAUGGUCUCACAAGGGGUCUGAGGAUCUCAUCUCGGUACAUAAUGGCAGUCAGGCUACCUCUGGCGAGCACAUGGAGGGCUGUGCGGCCCCCCAAAGAAAUGCCACCCCACACCAUGACUGACCCACCGCCAAACCGGUCAUGCUGGAGGAUGUUGCAGGCAGCAGAACGUUCUCCACGGCGUCUCCAGACUCUGUCACGUCUGUCACAUGUGCUCAGUGUGAACCUGCUUUCAUCUGUGAAGAGUACAGGGCGCCAGUGGCAAAUUUGCCAAUCUUGGUGUUCUCUGGCAAAUGCCAAACGUCCUGCACGGUGUUGGGCUGUAAGCACAACCCCCACCUGUGGACGUUGGGCCCUCAUACCACCCUCAUGGAGUCUGUUUCUGACUGUUUGAGCAGACACAUGCACAUUAGUGGCCUGCUGGAGGUCAUUUUGCAGGGCUCUGGCAGUGCUCCUCCUGCUCCUCCUUGCACAAAGGCGGAGGUAGCGGUCCUGUUGCUGGGUUGUUGCCCUCCUACGGCUUCCUCCACGUCUCCUGAUGUACUGGCCUGUCUCCUGGUAGCGCCUCCAUGCUCUGGACACUACGCUGACAGACACAGCAAACCUUCUUGCCACAGCUCGCAUUGAUGUGCCAUCCUGGAUGAGCUGCACUACCUGAGCCACUUGUGUGGGUUGUAGACUCCGUCUCAUGCUACCACUAGAGUGAAAGCACCGCCAGCAUUCAAAAGUGACCAAAACAUCAGCCAGGAAGCAUAGGAACUGAGAAGUGGUCUGUGGUCACCACCUGCAGAACCACUCCUUUAUUGGGGGUGUCUUGCUAAUUGCCUAUAAUUUCCACCUGUUGUCUAUUCCAUUUGCACAACAGCAUGUGAAAUGUAUUGUCAAUCAGUGUUGCUUCCUAAGUGGACAGUUUGAUUUCACAGAAGUGUGAUUGACUUGGAGUUACAUUGUGUUGUUUAAGUGUUCCCUUUAUUUUUUUGAGCAGUGUACUUGCGUACUAUUGUUUGUAUAGAUGAACGUGGUACCUUCAGGUGUUUGGAAAUUGCUCCCAAGGAUUAACCAGACUUGUGGCGGUCUAUAAUUUUUUUUCUGAGGUCUUGGCUGAUUUCUUUUGAUUUUCUCAUGAUGUCAAGCAAAGAAGCAUUGAGUUUGAAGGUAGGACUUGAAAUACAUCCACAGGUGCACCUCCAAUUGACUCAACUGAUGUCAAUUAGCCUAUCAGAAGCUUCUAAAGCCAUGACAUCAUUUUCUGGAAUUUUCCAAGCUGUUUAAAGGCACAGUCAACUUAGUGUAUGUAAACUUCUGACCCACUGGAAUUGUGAUACAGUGAAUUAUAAGUGAAAUAAUCUGUCUGUAAACAAUUGUUGGAAAAAUUAAUUGUGUCAUGCACAAAGUAGAUGUCCUAACCGACUUGCCAAAACUAUAGUUUGUUAAGUUUUAAUGACUCCAACCUAAGUGUAUGUAAACUUCUGACUUCAACUGUCUAUAUGUAUUAUAUUAUUAUUAGUAUCACUGCAUUGUUGGGAAAGAGCUCUCAAGGUAAGAAUGGCACUGUACUGUUCUACACCUGUUGUAUCCUGUGCACGUGGUGAAUAAAUGUUGAAACUUGAAACUAGAUGCGACACACACACUAUGCAAAUUAAUUACAACACACAGCCUGUCAAUCAGUAUUAGAUCCCCCCCCCCACAUUGUUGUUAGCCUUUUUGUGUGAGCUUCGUUAAAACAUGUCUGUCUGGUUUCAUUUACGUUACUCUGUCAUUAUCUGAAGCAGUUAGAGGUUGUUACUCCAUAGACAAUCAUGACCAUGCAGGCAGUUACUCCAUAGACAAUCAUGACAACACAGAUUGUUACUCCAUAGACAAUCAUGACAACAUAGAUAGCUACUCCAUAGACAAUCAUGACAACAUGGAUAGUUACUCCAUAGACAAUCAUGACAACACACAUUGUUACUCCAUAGACAAUCAUGACAACACAGAUUGUUACUCCAUAGACAAUCAUGACAACAUAGAUAGCUACUCCAUAGCCAAUCAUGACAACAUGGAUAGUUACUAGGGGUGUAACGAUCCAUCUACUACAUCGAUGUAUCGAUUUAUAUUCCUAUGAUCCAACUACAUCGAUCUGUGCUCGGCGAGUUGGCCUUUUGGACAACAUAUAUCGAUCUAACAUCGUUUUAAAAUGUAAUAAAUCGAUUGUAUCGAUACUAGGAAAUAACCCAUUGGAUUUAAGCACGUCAGACUUUAUAUGGAUGUUUUUUCUUAGCACUUUUAAUGAUAAAGGCUUUAAACAUUACUCGAUUCAGUCUGCCUAUCCGUGACGUCAUCGCGCCAACAGCAGCGCAAAGGCGCAAAGACAACAAAACAUAGGAUGGCGGACGACAGAGGAGAAGCCGACGAGCGAGAAAUUAUCAAGCCACCAUUGCGGUCCUUACAAGAAACAGGAAUCUAGGAAACUUCACCUGCACUGUCCAGUAUCCAGGUAUUUAUUUCAGUCACACUGGUUGAAUUUUUGGCUAAAAGGUUACUGAAUCGAUUUCAAGUCACUGAAUCGUUUCGGAUCGUAUCGUUCUAAAUGAACCAAUAUCGUCCUUGAAUCGUAUCGACAACCACGAAUCGUGAUACAAAUCGAAUCGUUGUUAAAACGAAUCGUUACACCCCUAAUAGUUACUCCAUAGACAAUCAUGACAACACAGAUUGUUACUCCAUAUACAAUCAUGACAACACAGAUUGCUACUCCAUAGACAAUCAUGACAACAUAGAUAGCUACUCCAUAGACAGUGACAAUGGGGUUUUAGUAGACUCCACCUUGCUUCUAUCGAAUCUAUUCUAUACAUCUAGUCUAUUUAAAUUAGAUGUAAGCUAAUGUUAGCAUUUAGUUGCUCAUUGAUUUGCUAUGGACUUCAUAUUUAUUGAACAUAUGAAUAGCGUUUAGUGACAGAGGGAGAGCUCUUCUGUGAGUGUUGUAUUGUUGUGUUAGCAGCUAUGUGUGUAAUGUUAUGGACUUACAUUAGAUUAGCAUGAGAAAGAGGUAUUGUGACAAGGACAGAACUUUUGUGCCUCCCAUUGUGUUGUAGUUCAGGGACUAGCAUCUGCUGUAAGGCUGUGUGUGUGUGUUUGUGUGUGUGUGUGUGUGUGUGUGUGUGUGUGUGUGUGUGUGUGUGUGUGUGUGUGUGUGUGUGUGUGUGUGUGUGUGUGUGUGUGUGUGUGUGUGUGUGUGUGUUCAUUCAGACUAAUGUACGUGAGGCCCAAUGACACGCUUCAUGGAGCGCAGUGACAAAAGUUCUCUCUCUCACUCACUCACUCACACACACACACACACACAGCAGUGAGACAAAGGCUCCUGUAAAGAUAAGUAACCGAAGCCAUGCACACAACAGGGGCCACAGAGAGGAGAUUAAAUCAAAGACCUGUGUGUGUCUUUGCUUGUGUGUGUCGGCCCCCCUGUUGGUACAUUCCCCCCGUUACAGUUAGAGCUGAGCACCCGCCACUCUAACCCUGCACACGUACACACACAAUGAAACACACACCCAUUCGCCCUACUGGACCCAAUUGUGCCGAGAUAUAUGUUACUCACGUGGUUCCCCAGUGUGUGUGUGUGUGUGUGUGUGUGUGUGCGUGUGCGUGCCACCUCAUAAUCUGUCUGGUGUUGUUCCUCCUUUCUCCCAUCUGUUGCCUGCAACCAGAGUCUGUCGCUCGGGGCCCCUAACGGCCAGGUGCAGGGGCCCGCGUACACACUGGUACAGUAAUUGUGGCAUUGUGUGUGUGUGUGAAGCAGCAGAAGGCAUUGCCUCAUCUCCACAGCAGGUUGCACAUAGCCGGGCCCUCACCAACACACACACACACACACAGUCUCUCUCCCCUAGAACACAGUGACACAGUGUUGAACUGGAUGUCAGUGUGACUGACUGCUUUGGAAGAACACAUGUAUCUCUAUAACCCCCCCUAUUGUCAGAGCCUGAUGGAGGGAGGGAGAGAGAGGGGGGAGGUAGAGGUAGAGAGAGGCAGGGAGAGAGAGGGAGGUAGAGAGAGGCAGGGAGAGAGAGGGAGGUAGCGCGUGGGAGGUAGCGCGUGGGAGGUAGAGCGAGGGAGGUAGAGAGAGAGAGAGGGAGAGGGAGAGAGACCGGGACAGGGAGAAGCUGAGUUGGAUAACAGUAUUCAUGAUCCCUUCCUUGUCUGCCACCACUGCUGAGCAAAGCUUAGCCAAGACAGGGUUCUUUCUCGUGUGGAGUAGAUACCAUUGUCCGCUCCAUGCAUUACAUCUAAGUUAAUAUUUAUGGAUUUAUGGGUCAGGGCCCGUAUCCACAAGGUGUCUCAGAUUAGGAGUGCUGAUCUAGGAUCCGUUUAGCCUUUUCAGUCAUAAUGAAUAAGAUGAUAUGGACAGGGAUGACCAGACCUGACUCUGAGAUGUUUUGGGGAUACAGGCCCUGAUCUUUGUAUCUAUAGGCCAUUUUAUUAAGCAUUAUCCUGGUCAGUGGUGUACUUCAAACUAAAUCUCUGUCUUUAUGUACUUCAAACUAAAUCUGUCUUUAUGUACUUCAAACUAAAUCUCUGUCUUUAUGUACUUCAAACGAAAUCUCUCUCUUUAUGUACUUCAAACUAAAUCUCUCUCUUUAUGUACUUCAAACUAAAUCUCUGUCUUUAUGUACUUCAAACUAAAUCUGUCUUUAUGUACUUCAAACUAAAUCUCUGUCUUUAUGUACUUCAAACUAAAUCUGUCUUUAUGUACUUCAAACUAAAUCUCUCUCUUUAUGUACUUCAAACGAAAUCUCUGUCUCUGUCUCUCUCUGUAUCAAGGUGAUCUCCAGUGAUCCGUCCUGGGUUCCUACCACAGAAGAGGAGUACCUCCACUUUGGAGAGAAGGCUGAUUCGGCCAAUCAGGCUCUGAAAUACAUGAACGCUGUUCGCCGGCGCAAAGGACUGUACGUGGAGGAGAAGAUAGUGGAGCACGGCGAGAAACAGAGAACACUUAGCAAGAACAAAUAG